AUGUCACUUAAGAUGUAUGCAUUACAUCGAAAUCUUGAACAACAGACAACGUUAGUCGUAUCACCUUCAGUAUCAACGUCUUCACACUCACAUUCGUCGUCGCUUAUUGCUUCAACCCUUAUUCACGAUUUGAAAUACGAAGAUGGAAUGGGAACUUCAUCGGAUCUCGACGAACUCUCCAUGAUGGAAGAUGACGAGUGCGACCAUGCGGAAAAAUCUUUUACAAGCUCCUGUUAUUCCAUGACAUCAUCAUCCGAAGAAAACCAUUCAUCAUCUUCACGCGAUUUAUUCACCUGUUGUCACCAGCAAAAACAAGAACAACAACGACGACAAAAGGUAAAAGUAAAUUCAUCAUAUUUGCCUUCGAUAUCAGCCCCGUCAUUACAAAACAAUUUCACAUGCCUUUGCAACUCAUUUUGUCAAACAACAGAAAAUAAUCAUUAUAAUAAAGGAACAUUGAAGACAGCGCACAAUAGUUCGAUUAUUUCCAGUAGAAGAACAAGGCAAUGGAAACAGAAUAAUGACAAUUUUCGUCUCGGCUUGCUUGUUAACGAUAACAACGAGCACGGCAUCCGUUCUUCAUCAUCAUCAUCAUCAACUGCCGCAGCAGCAGCAGCGGUCGUGGCAGACUGUCUUAUUCAACGUCAACGUAGAAAACAAACAAGCAGAGCAGAAGCAACAGAAGCUUCUUUAUUUCAGUUUUCUGCUCGCGACCGUCCUACAGUCGACACAAGCGCUAUAUUUUAUCCUUAUGAGCAGUUGGGGUGUAUUGAGAGAAACACCGCAAAAGAGAAAACUUGCUUUGCAGCACAAACAACGGCAGAACAUCGAAAACAAGAGAGCACGUUGAAUCCAAUGAUGAAUGAUAGGCAAAGCAACCAUCCAUCAAACUCAAUUCCCAAACGUAAAGAAAAUGUUCGUGUCUUUGUUCACCGGCGUCGACGAACAACUAAACCUCGUAAACGAAUCUUUCGUCAUUCAUCAUCGUCGAGUAACUCACAUGAAACGGUGCCAUCGUCACCAAACAAUCUUAAAGAACUAAUGACAUUAAUCGAAAAUCAAAUGAAUAAUAAACAAGAUAAAUCUCACAAGAAUAAAAAUAUUAUCGUAGUUAAUUACAAACCUGUGUUCAUUAAUUCUCGUCAGGAGAAAUCACUGUCAACUGCUAAUACGGCCCCGACGCCCAUCGCUAAACCCGUGAUUAUUCCGACUGAUGAUGACUUUUCAUCAGCAACGCAUUAUAGUCGUCGGCGAAGUUUAACCACGACGAGCUCCGACGGUUCGCCACGACGGUCGACCACGUCUCGAUCGAACAAUCAUCAGUCCGUUUCACUUGAUUUACCUGAUGUUGAAGAUCCAUUGAUGUUUAUCGAAAUGAUGUAUCAACAGUUGUUUACUGAAGAUGGUCGAUUACGAAGUGGCACUGAACCGACCGCACUAGCGAAUUGUGUAAAGCAAAUAGUAAGACAUUCUCGACGAAAUUCGAUGUCGUCAUCGAUUGUCAAUGGCUCGACAUCAUCUCUGUCGAAACAUAUAAAUGUAAAUACCAGUCAGCAGCGGCAAGUUCCCUCACCAUUAUAUCAUCAACAGCAUUACUUGUUGUCUUCGCCAUCUCCGUCAAUUCCUAAUGAACAAUACAAUUCUACGAGUGAAGAAAACGAUGAUGAUGAGGAAGACGACGACGAAGAAGAAGAGGAACCGAAUACAUUAAUACAAGUGAAUCAUCAACGACCCACGAUAGUAGUCAGUACUGAUACAUCGAAAAAUUCGAUACAAACAGAUCUAGAUAAUCACUCUCAAAUUCACGCAUUUCUUAAUUCUUGUCAUCAGAAAUCGACGACAGUUAAUCGCUCGUUAGCGGCAAGUAAUGGUUUUCGUUUCUCUCUCGAUGAUACCGACAAUGAAGAUUUCGAUACCUUUUCCGACUUGAAUUCCAUUCGUUUCAAUAACAAAACCAUCGGUACAUCUCCGAGUGUUGACGACGAUCUUACGCAUACAGAUUCGAGAUUUCUCUCCUCGUCUGGUUAUCAUUCCCUUGAUCAUUCAAGUAAAAUUUUCAAAGCUUCACGAGCUCGUCUCACCAAAUCCCAUUCCGAAAAUGAUUUAAUUUACACUCUAUACAAGAGCAGUCCUCCAUUAGGAUGCAUACAUUAUUGUCCGGAAUGUGUUCGUCCGCCCAAGAUAACUGUGAUACCCCCUGUUACAUCCGGAUCAUCGACAACAACAACAAAUUUGAUUCAACGAAUUCAACAACCUCUAGGAGAAAUGCAUCAUCUCUUCAACCUUGACAGUCAAAAUAUUCAACUUUCGAUGCGCAGCAACCUUGAUGACAUUUCACCUUCAGACCGUCAGAUACGAACGCAGGUUCACUGA